AUGUCACCUAAAGUACCCGUUAAGGUCAUCCUGGGCACGCACACGGUCGGGGACAGUGUCAAAGGCACACUCGUGUCAUUUGACAAGACUGAUGACGUGAAAGCGCUCCUAACCACCUUUAACCGCCGUGGCUAUAACGAAAUCGACACGGCAGCUAAUUACUGCGUCGACGCGCCAGGAACCAGCGAAGAUCGUCUUGGAAAGGCCGAUGCGGCCUCAAAGUUUGUCAUUCACACCAAAGUUCUGGAUGGGCCUCCUGGCUCUCAUGAGUCGGCCAAGAUUACUGCUAGCAUCAACAAGUCCCUGGCCUCGCUUAAGACUCCUACCGUCCAAACCAUCUUCCUCCACGUCCCGGAUCGCCAAACGCCAUUUGAAGAAACCGUCCGCGCAAUCAAUGAAGCCGUUCAGCAAGGCAAAGCCAAGAACUUUGGACUGUCCAACUACACAGCCGCAGAGGUGCAGCAGAUUAUUGACAUCUGCGAGAAGAAUGGUUACGCGAAGCCGAGUGUCUACGAGGGACACUAUAACCCUAUUGUGAGAGGCGGCGAGAAGGAGCUAUUUCCUCUUCUGCGGAAAUACAAUAUGUCCUUCUUGGCUUAUAGCCCUGCUGCGGGAGGCCUCUUUUCAGGCAAUUCGGAGACUUCAAGCCGAUGGGCCGGCGAUAACCAAAUUGCCAAGCUCUAUAGCACGAUGUACGGCAAAGAGGCAGUGCAGGCAUCCGUAAAUCUGGUAAUUGACUCAUCUGCGAAGCAUGGUAUCUCAGGACACGCAGCGGCGGUGCGCUGGACAGCUUUCCACAGCAUCCUGGAUGGAAAAUUUGGCGACGGUGUCAUCUUUGGAGCGUCCAAGCUCGAACAGGUCGAUAAGACGCUGGAUGCACUUGAGGCGGGCCCUCUCCCUGAAGAGGUGGCGGAUGCUAUUAAGGCUGUAUAUAAGACCGUGGAAGGAUAUGAGCCUGCGUAUCACCUAUGA